AUGCAAGACUCAAUUGGGAAACCAGUUGGGGACAAACCCGAUGACUCGACAGCAGUCACAAGGGCCGGGCAAAGCGUUUUCAUGUCCGUUUACAAGACUAAAGUUGCUGAUGAGUGUUGGUUGAUCACCAUCACUUGGUGCAAGAACAUGUUACUUCACGGCUUAUCCGUGGCUAUAGAUGGCCCACAAGCCGAAACAUCUUGCAAAGUUGAGCUAAAACCGUGGUAUUUUUGGAGAAAACAAGGGUCUAAAAGCUUUUUAUUAGAUGGUAAGGCGAUCGACGUGUUUUGGGAUUUAAAAAGUGCCAAGUUUCAUGGAGAAACAGAACCAAGUUCAGAGUAUUAUGUUGCUGUUGUUUGUGAAGAUGAAGUGAUUCUUUUACUUGGUGAUUUGAAAAAAGAUGCAUAUAGAAAAACCGGUUGUAGGCCUUCUUUGUUUGAUCCUAUUCUAGUGUCAAGAAAAGAACAUGUUUUUGGGAAGAAAAAGUUCUUAACAAGAAUCAAGUUUCAUGAAAAGGGACGAUUUCAUGAGAUAUCGAUAGAAGCAAAGAACAUAAGUACUGAUCAUGAUGGGGUUGAUUCGGAGAUGGAGAUAAGAAUAGAUGGGCAUUUGAUGAUUCAUGUGAAUCAUCUUCAAUGGAAGUUUAGAGGCAAUGAAUCUAUUGAUUUCAAGAAAGUAAAACUUGAAGUUUAUUGGGAUGUUCAUGAUUGGCUUUUUAGUCCUGGUUUAAGGCAUGCAUUGUUUAUAAUCAAUUCGACUUCUCCAGCUAGUUUUCCUGCAAGAUCAUUGCCAUCCUCUGUUACUUCGACACCGUUGUCAUCUCAGUCAGGGAGUGGUGGUUCGUCAGAAGGGUUUGAUUCAAGUGGAUUAUAUGAGUUUUGUUUAUUUCUUUAUGCUUGGAAAGUUGAAUGA